UUGGAGAGAGAUAUUGUUGUGUAGUUUUGAUAGAAGACGACAUUUUCUGUGUGAAUUUCACCGCAAAGAAAAUUCCGGUAGUGAUGACGCUAACGGCUGCCGAAAAAGAAAAAGCAGCUAUUGCCCGAUACACUCAGGAAGAAAAGGAUGUUCUGUUCGCGCUCUUCAAGGAAUACGAAGAGGUGAUUGACAUCAAACAGCGGAAGAAAUCACGAAGGAAGACUAUGGAAGUCAGGCAAUGCUGGCAGGAAAUAUUGAAUUCAUACAACGAUGACCCUCGCAUCACAACUAGGCGCAAUUUAAAGCAGCUGCAGAAAUUCUGGUUGAAUGCUAGGCUUCGCAAGCGCUUCCCAUUUAGUGGUAGACGUAACUCCCCCACCCAAUCUACAAUCGUCCAAAAAGACGUCUACACUAUAUCAACCUCGACUCCUGAACCGCAGCUAAGACCAAUCAAUCCAUCUUUACCAAGCAAUCGAGUAAAAUAUGAAAUUCAAUUUGUUGACUCUACAAUCUCCCCCGGAAACCUUCCCGGCAAGGAUCCUAACAAACACGAAUCACAAAUCUCCAUAGAAACCUUAAGUACCGACAAUCUCUCCCUCAAUGACUUGCUUGAAUUCAAAACUGAAAAUCAAACAACAGAAAUUAUGCAGAUACAAGCAAUAAGUGAUAACAAUAACGAAGAUCAGGAUAUUCAUAAUGAGGAUGUCGACGGUGAUGAUAUGGAAGAAGAUGGUCCUGGUGAUAAUCAAGUUUUCUAUGAAAAUGAGGUUAGCGAGGACGAGAACGAGGAGAAUUUAUCAGUGCCUCAUCGACAAGAAGACAUACCCAAAGGAUCACAGCAAUUACAUCAUGAAAUUGGCACUAACACAAAUUUGCCUAGUGAACAAAUUGUUAUGCGCCAACCAUUGGACGAAAGGAUAAAAGUUUUUCGGAUUAGGGAGGCGGAGUUUAAAUGUAAGGAGCAACAAUUGAGAUAUGAGAAGCAAAAAGUGGAGUUGGCUAAGAGUGAGGAGGAGCUAAGGUAUAUGAAGGAGAUGCAUCAUUUGCAGUUGGAGGAGAUGAGAAUUAAGUUAAAAUUGUUGAAAGAUAGUGGCGGACAAAGUAAAUGAUAUAUUUAAGGAUAAUAAACCGUUUUUAGUCUA